AUGAACCAACUCUCCGAUCGGCCUGCCUGGGAUGGGGAUGUCUUCGACACUGAAGUUGUCACGAAAUGGAAACAAGCGACCUUUGACACAAACCUACUGAUAAGCGAAGAGGCGUGGGGAUGGUGCAUAAAGGAGCUACGCGACAAACUGGUUGAUCUCCGCGAGAAUUGUCAGAUCCAUAUCCGCGUUGUUGAUACCGGAUUGUGCGUGUGCAAGGCAGACGCGGAGACUCUGGACUCUCUCAGUGUUCAGAGGGUCCGCUCCGGCUUGAUUGGAGGAGCAGCAGGAACAACGGAUUUUAGAUUAGCCGUGUUGAAUGUUGUUGAUGCGUUUUUAUUUCGCUUGGUUUAUUGA